AUGAGUAUGAGUGUGUUGAACCUCCUGAUCUUGAGCACUACUCUCCUUCAACUGCAAGUGUUGCCUUGUGUGGCCAUGAAUAGCAAUAGCAAUAGCAAUAGCAAUAGCAACUGUGGAUUGCUGGAAAGGACAGUCUUUGUGGAACAUGGUCCUUCUGAUAGUGAUACUGAUAGUGAUGGAGUUGGCCUUUCCAGAUCCAAUGUCAGAAAGGGGGCUUCUUCUACUACCAGUACUACUUCUACCAGUGGAUCUACUAGUGGACUUAACCUGGGUCAGGAAGUGACAAAGAAGGAAGAGAAAGCUCUCAGAGAAGCUUGGCAACAAACUUACCAACAGUUCAGCAGUCUUGAUACCAGUACUAGUCAGCUUGACAGUAAACAUAGUGAGAAUGAAUGCCCCAGAACCAUCCAGCAACUGGAAUUGGUCAAGCACAAGCAGCUUAAGAAUGACAAGAAACCUAAAGACAACAAUCACCAUAUGCAUAUGAGUCAUCACCAUAUGAGUCAUCAGCACCAACCACUGCCGCCGUGGUUCCACUAUGAACAAAUGAUGGCUUGGAAUGUGGCAGUUCAGACUCCUACUACCAGUAGUCCUGAUUCUUCUUUACUAUUCCAAGGAGAGACUGAUGCAGCAGACUUUUCUUCCGCCUAUUCUGGACGCCUCCAACAGAGAAAACUCCGCCAUUUGGAACAAGUCGAGCAACUCCUAGAAGUCAAUGCUUUUGACUGCUCUUCUUCUUCUUCAUCAUCCAAUUACAACACAUUCCAGGCUUCUGUCCUGCUAGAACUGCAGGUGGAAGACUUCCCCACCACCAGUGCCACUACUGCUACUGCCAGACAAGGAAACGUUCCAGCACAAUCCCCGUCGGCGCAGUUGUACGAAGAAAUACAAAUAUGGAAGCAGGCCUUUCAGACUACCUACAACACACUACUCUUUUAUACCUGUGAUGCACCCACCUUUACAACCAUCAUUGAAGUGCAGGUGGAAGAAUGGCCCAUUCCAGACUCUUAUCCUCAAUUCGAUACCACCACUACUACCAACACAACGACACAAACAACCACCAAGAAACUACUCGAAUUCCAGCUUACGGUCGAGUGUCGUGGAGACGGCUGUGAUGAACACAUGGCCUUGUUUGGGACACUCGAAACCGGAAUUACCCUCGCUACGGUCAAUACCACGGCCGCUCCGUCCAUUCUGCCAUCGGGAUGGCGGCCGCCCAAGUGGCAAGAUCUGCAAGGACCCGCGCUUCGUCAAGCGGAUGAUGUUUGCUAUUGUGCCGCCACACCGAAUGCCCUCGUCGGAUUGCCCACGAUCGAACAAUUCCAACUGGCACUCGAAACCACGUUGACGCAACUCCACACGGAAGGACUCUUGCAAGAAUACGCCGACGCCAUUGACACACUCAAUCAAAUGUCCACCCAAGAAGAAGACGACAACGAAGAAGCGUGCCAAGAAGACAAUGUCUCGUCCAUUGAAACACAGGUCUUGCUCCAACUCAGUCAGCCCUUGUUCGCCAUGGAACACGACGCCAAUGCCACUUCUACCACGACCGUACAAGAUGUUCUCAAUCACUUUGUCGUUUCGUACAAUCAAUUGAGUUUGCGAUUGUGCGAUCAGCCAUUUGCGCGCCGAAUUGUCAACGUAUCGCUAGCCGAAGACUAUCAAGUCGGAGUCGAUCAGCAGUUGAUUGUUCGUAUUCAAGCCGAAUGUCAUGGAUGUACGGAUGACGAUAUCCAAAAUCAAGCGUGGCUGUUCAACGAGACUGACACUGCAUUUGCUAUUUCUAGUAUCAACGAGACUCUUAUUGCAUCGUAUCAAUUGGAACUCUUACCGCUCGUCCCUGUCUUGACGUGUGCGUGUCCAGUGGAUACUGCUACUACUACGCCAGAGACUAGUGGUCGAGCACCCACCGUCCCAGAAGUCAUGCUCACACUCAAUGCACGCUUGGAACAAAAUGAACCACAAGAACAAGAACCGAUCAUGGUCACGGCCCUGCAACAAGUCGAAGAUUACGAAUGUCAUGCCCCCCAAGAUACCCUCGUCUCCUACACCAAUGUACUCGUCAAUUUUACAGGAGGAAAUCCACAACUAUUGACCAACCGAGAACUCACGUUGCUCGAAAAGACGUUUGAAAAGACAUAUAAUGAUUUGACGUUUCAACAAUGCGAUGGCAAGUUUCGGCAAAUUACUCAAGUGCAGUUGCUCAUCUUGCCUCGACGUCUCUAUCAUCAUAAUGGUACCAACAGCAGUACUAUUGCUGCGAACAGCAACAGCACCAACAGUACUACUGGUUACUAUUAUGAUAACAGUACCGACGCUGGUAAUUACACGAGCUACGGCGACAAGAGAAUGCUGUUGGAAGACGAUUUUGGUAGACCCGCGACGACGUACAAUCGGUCCCGGACAAUUUCCAACACCACGACAUUGGAAGAUCCGUUGGAAGUGGAAACCACAUCGGUCUUUCGAGUCGGUGUCGAAUGUCGAAGAUGUCCUGCCACGGAAGAUACCGAUACCUUUGGAUUGUUUGAUUCCUUUGAACGAAGACGUGAAUUGCAGCAGCUGGCCAAGAAUACUAUUGGAUUCUCUUCCAGUUUUCUGGCGUAUGCCGACCAAAGUGCCCUCAUCAAGCCACAACACGAAAUGUCGGCGUGCUAUUGUCCGGCAGGUCAGGUUCCCGACGAUGACAUUGGCACCACCGAAGACGAAUUCUUGGAGAUUUUCCAAGGCAAAGUCGAGCAGUUGGCCAAUGAAAGUGCGCUGGAGAAUGUCGAGUCUGUGGAUCGGGUCGAAGAGCUGCAAGACUAUUGUAUCAAUGACUUUGAAGAAGCCGAGGCCAAUGUGAUCAUUGACCUUGUCCAGUACGAUGACUACCGCAACAUUACGCUCUACACCGACGAAGAAGUUCGAGACGCGUUUCGUACGGCUGCCAAUUCCUUCCGAGAAGACGACUGUGCUCCCUUGGUGAGGCAGACGAAGAAGAUAUUGCUCAUGCCGUUGGAUGCGUCCAACGCAAGGGACGGCGACUCGGGUACUGAUCCUGCUGUUCGAGCCGAUAUGGACGUGGACGUCAUGGAAAAAGGGGGUGCUUCCUUUGAAGAAUACUUGUCGGACAAAACCGAUAAUGUGGUAGAUGGCAUGUGGACUGUUCUGAGGAAUGGCGUGAUGACUCGGCAAGCAGCUCUGGAGGCGGCAAAGACAAUGCCAUCAUCUGCUCCAUCGAUGGUACCCUCGUCGGCCCCUACCGACUCACCAACGCCAAAGCCGACAGACAUCCCUUCGUCUGCUCCAUCGGAUGUUCCCUCGUCCAAUCCAAGCACUGACAGUCCCACCGGUUCACCAACAGCCUCGCCCACGUGGAGUUCCGGCCAUCCCACGUCCACGCCAUCAGCGGAACCGUCGUUGACUCCCUCCUCGUCACCUUCUUUGGGACCCUCUUCAUCGCCAUCAGGGGAACCAAGCUCGAGUCCCUCCUCGUCACCUACCAUUAGCCCAACCACUUUGGCGGACUUCUGUGGCUUUACCACGAUCACCACCUCUUUCUUCAUGGGGUUUGACAGUACUUACUCAAUGGACGACGACACGCUCACUUCUAAUUUCAUUGCAGCGUACGAGGCUGUGCGACUCAGCAACUGCGCACCGCUGAUUGUGUCGGCAUCCGUUGCACAAAGAAUAGAGGGAAGACGCUUAAACACUGCAGCUAUUCAAAUUGAACUGUCGCUUACACUAAAUCAGGCAGAUUCCGAUCCGUUCCUGCAAUCCGAGGGAGAGCUGGACGAGUUUGUGUCAAGCUUUUCGUCAACAAGUGGAACCUCGGCUGCAAUCCCAACCGCAGCCCCUACACCACCACCAACACACACUCCAACGGACCCCCCAACAGAACCACCAACGGAGGCGCCAGUUACAUCAAGCCCCAAUGCCAGUCCCUCUGUCAGUCCAAGCACAAGUGCCAGUCCUAGUGUUGCACCCAGUGGUGGCCCGAGCAUGUCUCCAUCAGAUUUGCUGUCCGCAGGCCCCAGUGCGUCUUCAGAUUCGCCAUCUGCCGGCCCCAGUGCAUUUCCCUCAAGUUUGCCAUCUGCCAAUCCAUCUGCUAGUCCCUCUUCCAGUCCAAGAAAUGCAAGCCCGAGCACAUCUCCAUCAACAUCACCAUCUGACAUCCAUCUCAAACCCCUCUGGAAGUCCAAGCAAUGCAAGCCCGAGCACGUCUCCAUCAACAUCGCCAUCUGA